CCAGACACUCGCUGCUCAGAGGAGGAGGAGGAAGCUCCUUCUGUCUCCUGGUUAAUGUUGCCUCCCUCUCUCCCCCGCUGUGCUCGUUGUGAACAUCCACAGAAAUAAGUGGAGCUUUUUGGAAGAGAGGAUCUGAGGAUGCUCCACAUGAAGAGCAGGUCGUGUGGACUAUUGUAGACCAAGUACAAAAAAAGAGACUUUUUUUUGGUUCGUCACAGCUUCCAUUGUCUCCAUCCAGCUGCUCUUUCAAUGUGGGCUCCAGUCUUGUCCCUCACGCCAGGCUGAAAUCCUCCAGGGUCAGGACCUCCAUCAUGGCGGCCCUGCUCCUCGGGGUGCUGCUCUUCGCUAUGCAGUCCCCUACCGUCCCCUCCUCAGGGGCCCUGGAGUGGCAGCCGCCCACUUUGUCGCCACAGGCGGACAACAUAACCGCCGCCCACUCAAACGGGACGGUGCAGCAGCUCCCGCGGAUCAUCAUCAUUGGCGUGAGGAAAGGCGGCACGCGGGCGCUCAUUGAGAUGCUGAGCCUGCACAGCGGGGUGGCGGCGGCCCAGAACGAGGUGCACUUCUUCGACUGGGAGAACCACUUCCAGAAGGGCUUGUCUUGGUACCGCAGCCAGAUGCCCUUCGCCUUCCCCGGCCAGCUGACGGUGGAGAAGACGCCCGCCUACUUCACCUCCGCCAAAGUCCCCGAGCGCAUCCACCAGAUGGACCCGGGCGCCAAGCUGCUGCUCAUCCUCAGGGACCCCACGGAGCGGGUGCUGUCGGACUACACGCAGGUCUUCUACAACCGCCUCCAGAAGCACAAGCGCUACCAGCCCAUUGAGGCGGUGCUGGUGAAGGACGGCGAGGUCAACCUGGGCUACAAGGCGCUCAACCGCAGCCUGUACUACCUGCACAUGCAGAACUGGCUGCGCUACUUCCCGCUAGAGAGCAUCCACGUGGUGGACGGCGACCGCCUCAUCCGGGACCCCUUGCCCGAGAUGAAGAAGGUGGAGCGCUUCCUGAGGCUGGAGUCGCAGAUCAGCGCCUCCAACUUCUACUUCAACAAGACCAAGGGAUUCUACUGUUUGAGGGAGCACGGGCGGGAGCGCUGCUUGCACGACUCCAAGGGCAGGGCCCACCCUCACGUGGCCCCCGCCAUCCUGCAGAAACUCUACCACUUCUUCCAGGAACCCAACAGGAAGUUCUUUGAGCUGGUGGGCCGAACGUUCAACUGGAAGUGAAGCCUCCCUGUUGUACUAACAUGAACACAAUACUAAGUCUAUUUUUUAUACCAAGUCGUCACUUUUUUUCUACUCACUGGUCAAAAACACGGCCCCUAGCGACACAGGCAGUCACAUCCAUGUCGCCAUGUUAUCAAGCGCAUCUUCAACUUAAUUAAAUGUACCUCAAGGACAUUCAGCGGCUGCUACGUUUUCACUUUCUGGAGAGAAGCCACAUACGAACCUUUAAUAAGUGUGUCUUUUUAUUCCUUUUAAUCCCGCUCUAAUUAAUCGUGUGCACAGAUUAAGGCAGUGUGCUGUAAGAGCCUAUAAUGGAGAUCAUUUUGUACAAUUUCAUACAAAAAAAUAGGCAAAAUUUAGUGGAAAAUAUACAUUUUUUAAGGUUGUCAGAAAAAAAAACAGGUGUGGAAAAAAAUGUAACAAAGCUUUUCAAGGCAACACAAGUUGUUAUAUUGCAAUUUUUGCCAACUUCCCAAUAAUAAUAAUAAUAAUAAUAAUAAUAUUGACUAUUACUAUUAUUUUUUUAAUUUAUUUUUACACCCCAUUACUGAAGUCUUAUUUGCGGAAUAUUUUUUUCAUAAUUUCACGAAAAAACACUGAAUUCAUCAAAAUAUAUUUCCAGAAUAUUUGCUGUGUUUGUGGAAUGCAAGAUUUGUCAUUUUUAUGCACAAAAAAAGUCCAUUUGGAGACAUUUAUAGUGUACUAGAUUCUCCUGUCUGUAAAUAGAUUUAUUUCUAAA